CCUCCUUGGUUUCCAAGUUACAAAGCUAAAAUGUUUGUCAGGAAACGGCGAGGAAAAGAACAGGAGGAGAGAAACUGAAAACAUCAGAGGAACACCGAGGGGCUGAAAAUUUGUGGUGCUGAAGCCAACGGGGAAGAUCUGCAAACACCAAAACCAGCCAUGGUUUGUCUGCUCAUCUCCAUAAUCGUGCUGCAUCUGGUCAGUUUGGCCAUGCUCUUCACCGCCACUCUGGAGAAGUCCUGGUGGAUUUGGACAUACUCAGAAACCAGUGACCUCUGGCGUGACUGUUUCUACAAUAACUCCACACAAGUCUGGGUGUGCGCCACUAUAACAGAAAAUGACUGGCUGCAGUCUGUCCAGGCUCUCAUGGUCCUCUCCGUGGUCUUCUCCUCUGUCUCCCUUCUGGUUUUCCUGGGUCAGUUGGUCAUCCUGCCCAGAGGAAGCCUCUUCUACUUCACAGGCCUCUGUCAGGCCUUUGCAGGUUUCACAGAUUUUUCUGCUUGCCUCAUCUUCAGCUACCACAAAAAAGAGAUCUUGGGAGUCUCCAAGGAUGUGAGCCAAGGACAUUUUGGCAGCUGUUUCAUCAUGGCGUGGCUGUGCGUCCCUCUUCUUCAUAUCAGUGGAGUUUUGUACGUCCAUCUGCGCAAAAAACAAUGAGAAAGGGACAUGAUCAGCGAAAAAAAAAAUUUAAGAGUGAUCUUCUAAUAUUUAUAUAACGUCACAAAAUGGCCUGAAAUGACACCCACAGGUCAAGAUCUACAGCCAGGUCAACUUAACCUGGCUAUGACACUCACAGGAGACUGGAAGUCUGCACGUAGUCCCUUUAAAUCAGAGUCUGCUUCCUCACUCCAGCUGGAAUCAGAGCUGACAGAGAAAAUAAAAGAUAAACAAUAACAUUCUUUCCUCCAAGGUCCAUCACAGAGAAACUCUUUUAAAUGAACUCCUUUAUUCCCAGAAGAAAAGAAGAUUUUAUAAUUAAAAAUAAUCAUUAAAUGAAUUUUUGUUAUUGCUACUUAUAGUAAUUGUAAAAAAAUGAAAUGUUCAUUGAUCUGUGCUUAAUGAUAUGCUCAGCAGGUUUACUGGAAGAGGUCAUCACAUGUGCACUCACACAAAGACAAAGUAAGUUAAGUUAACGCAUGACACAUAGUUAACCUUUUGCCCAGAUUCAUAGUCUCCGGAUCAAAAGAGGGUGUCUCUGAGAUGCUUGGUAAUAUUUUCAGACUUGUCAACUUUUGGUUGGCUAACCAAGAUAACUUCAAUCUAUUAUAACUAGUUUACUCUGGUUUUCCCUUAGUACAGUUCGAACAGUUCAACAGUUUGAGAGGUUUAGAAGAAAUGCUUCAGACCGGCCAUCUGAGCAAAGCCUCUUUUAACCAGCAGAGAUUUAAACACAUAGUCAAAACUUUUAAACCUUUUUCGCACCUGCGGAGCUGAGAACAACAACAUAGUACCUGCAGUACAAAACUGACACUCCUUCAGAGUUCAUUUUAAGACGCUCGGUUUCAUCCAUCUGUCGUGACCCGGGAGACAUCUCUGGACUGAAAGUAUUGGUAUGUUGGUACUCUACAGCCCUCCGGUACCAGCGGUCAUCCGACCCCUCUCACUUUCAGAUCCACAUGAGGGUCUCUGAAUUCGGGUAAUGUAGACACACAGAUAGCACCUGAAUGUGGUUUUGAUAAUAACAACUUUAUAGCUUAUUUGCAAACCAAAUUCUUUCCAUCCAGAACUCUUUCUGAGAAACGGAGAUUAUGACUCCAUUACAUCAUAUUCACACAUGUUUCAGACACCAGCCUUUAGUUCGCAUCCACUCACAGUAAAUAACAGUUUAAACAUUUUGUCAAGUCUUAAUUGUUUGUAAAAUAAAUUCUUAUUUUUCUUAAA